AUGUCUUCACAGGAUGAGGUUAAUAAGAUCACGCUUCUUAGUUACAUGCGGACACGACAAGAGCUGCAGUCGCCAUUUAUGUCAGCGGAGAGUCCUGUGAGGAGGGUCGGACUGUCACUUGUGUUACUAGAUAUCAAAACAUUUCCUUGUCCCUAUACAAAAAUGCGCCUAGAGAUUGGAGACACAGAGAAGGUUGCAAAAUCAUUAACGGAAGAAAGUGUGCUUGGGGCAACUUUACCUUCUUGUCAGGUGUGUUGGCAGUAACUCUUUCACUCUCAAGAUCUCAUUAGUAAUUCUCCUUAUUGUCUUUCAAAAAGCUCCGAAGAAUUUUCCAUUGGAUCAACAAAUAAUCCCCUUAUUGAUAUUUCCUUAACUCUCAUAACUUCUUUCUUAACCGGUUGCGUCACGCAACGCUCUUCGACAGUGGCGUGACGACUCUGCUUGUUCAUUUCCAGGUUCCUCAUUCAUAUAUUCCUUAUGGAGGAAGAAGAUCUGGCUUUUAUUCUUCCAAAGUCGUAGAUACGUUACCCUGCAUUAACGAACUGGUUCCCAUUGCAUUGGAAUCUGUAAGAUCUUACCCGGUGUGUCCUGGCUUUGUAUUUACCACAGCUGACUAUGGCUGUGCUGUUUUUGUUGUUAGGAGAAAUUCUGUCUUGGUCACUCAUAGGAGUUCAAAGUCUAAGGUUGCUUACCAAAUGUCGGAACUAAUAGACCAGAUUAGUCAGAAUAAAAGUGAAUUAUUAAAAGCAGAAUUUUCCUUUUUCAACGACACGUUAUCUUCAAUUGUUAUUAUUUCAUUUAGUAUCUUCUUAAUAAUUUUAAAAUUACUGGUUUUUUGUGGCUAGGAAUUUAUCCGGCACAAGUGACGGAAGAGUCAUGAGAAUAUAAAAUCUGCGUAUUUUUUAUUUUUUGAGAGUAUCAAGGCUCGAGCUUUGAUUAAAUAUUGAAUGCAAUAAUGGCCAAUAAUGGAUCCCACUGAAGAACUGAUUGACCUAUUCAGCCGCGUAGACUGUAUUUCUUAAAGCAGUCUAACGUUACCAUCUGCUCCUGUACAUCCUGCAAGGCAAGCUGAAGAAAGUAUUAUUAGCAUCUUUUUGGUACUCAGGUCUCUCCGAUGAGCGAACAGUGGAAGAGAAAACCACAAUUGUCGAUGAAUUUUUCCUCCAUUUGGAAGCAGAAUUUGCAAGAGUGAUGCACGAUUACAGAUCCAAGCUUGUCGCUGCAAUCAUGAAAGUGGAAAAGAAUUUAAAUAUACACUUUCUUUGCAAAUAUGAAAUAAAGCGCUGGACGAACAAUUAUUAAGAGAUGUCCGUGCCAGGCAUAAGUUGGCCGCCCAUAUGAAUCCUAAAAGGGCAAUUGAAACGUGGUUUAUUAAAGGCACCAAGCUGGCUGGGUAACAACGAAAAAUCCUUCAUAGUUAUUUUUUUAAGCUUUAAAAUUUCAGUACAACAUACAACACAUUAUUUCAAUACAAUGU